AUGGUACAUCAUUUCCACAACAAUUUUUUCCAACAAAAUCAAAUUAUAACUGUUCCAGCACCCGAAGCAAUUGCUGCUGCAGUAGCAAAGAACAGUGAUACAUCAAAUUCAUUAAAACCCAAUGAAGAAUUUAGUGUUUUAAGAAGAAUUGAUAUUGGUUUAGGUAUUGGUGGUGGUGUGAUUAAUUCUAUACUUUAUAAUGUUGAUGGUGGUCAUCGAAAUGUUAUUUUAGAUCGUUUCCCAGGUGUUAAACUAGAUACACAUUUAAGUUUUAGACCUGAAUUUACAAGUGCUGUUGAAUUAAAACAAGUUGCACAACAAGAUAUUGAAAAACAACGAUUUUUAGUCGAAAAAAACCAAGUUGAACAAAGUCGUCAAGCAAAUGUUAUGGCAGCAGAAGAUGAUGUUCGUGCAGCUGAUUUGAUUGGCAACGCUUUAGAUGAAGUUGGUGAUGAAAUUUUUACCUAUCGACGUGAAAAAAUUGGUGUACGAGAUGAAUGUUUAAAACUUGUACCAGCUGAAAAUAUACAAGAAAAUACGGUUGAAAUAAUUAAACAAGAAAUAAAAGGUAAUCAAAAUUAUAUAAAUGCUCGAUUUCGUUCACCACUUGCUCAUUAUUUACCACAUUUAGUUCCACCUCAAGUAGCUACAGCUCAUUUUCAACUUGUUUUACCAUGUGAUCGUCGUUUUGGUAUUGAUUCAAUUCCAAUAGGAAUUUGUUAUGCUGGAACAGGUGAUCAUGGUUUUAGUCGACGAAGGUUAUUUACUGCAGUCCCAUUAAUUAAUCAAUAUCCUAUAGGUUCAAUUCUUCUUGAAAAUCCAUAUUAUGGUUUAAGAAAACCACCAGAUCAAUCUCGUUCAUCAUUAUUAUAUGUUACCAAUUUAUAUAUCAUGGGUGAAGUACUUGUUUUAGAAAUACUUAUGCUACUUCAUUGGUGUCAAAAAAUGAAGUUAACAUCAGCUAUUCUACAUGAUUUUUCUUUUCGUGGACAUAUGGCUUCAUUAGCAUUUACAAAAUGGUCUGAUCCACCUUGUCGACAAUUCUAUGAAAAUAAAGCCUCUCAAACAUUUUAUGAUUAUUCACGUUCAGUUCAAUCAAAUAUAUCUGAUGCUAUGUUUAUUGCUUGUACACAUCAUGGUUAUGUAUUAUGUGAUGGUAUUCCACAUAUGAAUAAUGUAUGGCCUGGUAUUCAUAUUCGAUAUAUUCCUCAUGGACAUGUUAGUGCAUUUUUAUUUAAUCAAUCAGGCUUUCAUCAUGCUGCUGCUGCUAAAAUGUUACAACAACAAGAACCAAAUGUAAAACUAAAAAAACAUCUAAUCAUAUCACCAAUUUCUAUUACUACACCUAAAAAUUUGUGA